AUGACUGUGGAUGAAAAGAUAGAGAUUAGGGACUUGUUGCGCAAGAUGUACACACAUAACAACGACGUUCUGGCGCGGUAUCUUAGAGUCAAGAAAUCGCCUGUGUCGAUUAGGUUCAUCUCUGGACUGCCAAGGGACGAAUAUAAAGAUAAGAUGGAAGAAGAGUCUAAAAUGUACGGAGAUAUUGUUAUUUUGAAUAUCACAGAGAACAUGAACGAAGGAAAGACAUUUGAAUAUUUCAAAUGGUUUGCUAAAAAUAGGAAGGAUAACUAUAUGGUUAAAUUGGACGAUGACGCUUUCUUCCACCUUAUUCAUUACUACCGUGAUCUUCAAGACAUACCGAGAGAACGCGUGUAUUAUGGCAAUGCCGUAAGAGACCAUCUUGGAACAUAUACAUAUAUGGCAGGCGGAGGAUACACUCUUUCCCACGACCUCGUUAUAGACAUUGUUGGAUCAGACUGGGCUAGUUCAAAUGUCAUAGGCCAUGAGGACUGGCUAGUGGGUGAGUGGAUAUGUCAUGUGGCUAAAGAGAUGAAGUACUUUGUUCACUAUGUUGGCUAUUCAAAUUGGGUGCCACUUCGCCAAAAUCCCUUCCAUGACUUUGACGAGAAUUUGGACCUCCGCUCCGUUGGUGAAAUCAUCUUGAUACAUCACGUAAAGGACAUUGAGAAGAUGAAAGUCAUGAAGGAUAUGUACUCCGAAUAUGAAGAGGGAUUACCUAUGGUCAGAGUCAUUUGGAAUUCAACGACCGAAGACCUGACUACAAAGAGAGAAAUUGUUCCGCGUUGCUGGGAUAAAGAACCAAUCUGGAAUAAUACCUAUAAAAACUGGUUUUAUGAAGCUUGGAAUUUUAAGAAGGGGAAAUGUGUAUACGGGCCUGUAGAUAAUAAGUGA